UCUCGCACGCUCAACGACUCAACGUUCAUAACUUCAUAGGCUAGCCGAGAAUCGGAAAGCAAAAGACGUCUGAACAGGAAACCGGAGGAACCGGUGAAGACAUGGAAGUGGAAGCGGAUGAGAAGGAGCUUAAAGCGGCCGGGGCCGAGCCCCUGCCUGACAGCCGGCGCGGCCUGCGCAUCCAUGGGUGGGAGAUCGAGUCUCGCAAGCGCUCAAUCCUCACCUCCUCCAACUUCGUCCUGUGGGAAGAGAAACUUCAGACUUCUCACCUGCCGGAGAUGGUUUUUGGGGAGAGUUGUUUGGUUCUUAAACAUGUGAACAGUGGCACCAAAAUCCAUUUCAAUGCCUUUGAUGCUCUGACUGGAUGGAAGCAGGAGGCGCUGCCGCCUGUUGAAGUCCCCGCCGCGGCGAAAUGGAAAUUCAGAAGCAAACCCUCCCAGGAGGUAAUACUGGACUAUGACUACACAUUCACAACGCCAUAUUGUGGGAGUGAAACAACUGAGAUAGAUACAGAGGAGCGUGGAAGAGGAGAAAUCUCUCAGGAGGCAUGUAGUCUCCAAUGGGAGGAAUGUGAGGAGCAAAUUGAUGUUGUUUCACUGGCAUCAAAAGAGCCUAUUCUCUUCUAUGAUGAGGUAGUCUUGUAUGAAGAUGAGUUGGCUGAUAAUGGAGUGUCACUCUUAACUGUAAAAGUGAGAGUCAUGCCAAGUUGUUGGUUUCUUCUUCUGCGAUUCUGGCUUAGAGUUGAUGGCGUGCUUAUGAGACUAAGGGACACUCGUAUGCAUUGCAUCUUUGGAGUUAAUGCAAAUCCCGUCAUUCUUCGAGAAAGUUGCUGGAGAGAAGCAACAUUUGAAGCUUUAUCUGCUAAAGGAUACCCUUCUGAUUCUGCUGCCUAUAGUGAUCCGAGCAUCAUCAGCCAGAGACUUCCCAUCGUCAUGCAUAAGACCCAAAAGCUUAAAGUUCCUGGUAAUUUGUAAGGUUAUAACUGUCUUCAUACAAAAGGACUCAAUUUUUAUCUGUGUUUUGGUUGUAGAGAAUUUGAACAUCCAAAUUCACAUACGCAUUAUUUUGGCUCAUUCUCUCAUGUUUGACUUUU